ACAAGGCAAGCCUUUGCUGUCAGUUGACUGAGCAGGGUCUAUCGACCAUUCUAGCUAUUAUAACGGAAACAUUUGUAUAUUUAGGCCAACAGGGGAGUCGGACACAUCGCAUUACGUUCUCUGGUGUGCUUCUUUAGGGGUGGGGAUUUUAAGGAACACAAUCCAAACCUGCAUGGGGAUAUAUAGAAACCUGAUUGGCCCAGUUGAGAAGUGCCUGAAGACCAAGACUCUGCUGCAGACUCCCAAAACCUCCUCACGUCCUCUCUGCCAAAUCUAGGAUCAUGUCGGGCACCUAUGACGAGUCAGCCAGCCAGGAGGAUGGCACAGACAGCUUCUGGGAGGUGGGAAACUAUAAGCGUGCUGUGAAGCGGAUUGAUGAUGGCCACCGGCUCUGCAAUGACCUGAUGAACUGUAUACAAGAGCGAGCCAAAAUCGAGAAGGCCUACAGCCAGCAGCUGACCGACUGGUCUAAGAGAUGGAGACAGCUGGUGGAUAAAGGGCCCCAGUACGGCAGUGUGGAGAGGGCCUGGGUGGCAAUGAUGACCGAGGCUGAGAAGGUGAGUGAGCUGCACCAGGAUGUGAAGAACGGACUGCUCAACAAUGACUUUGAGAAGGUGAAGAACUGGCAGAAGGACUCCUACCACAAACAGAUGAUGGGAGGCUUCAAGGAAACCAAAGAGGCAGAGGAGGGCUUCAAGAAGGCCCAAAAACCAUGGGCCAAGAAGCUCAAGGAGCUUGAGACUGCCAAGAAGACGUACCACCUGGCGUGUAAGGAGGAGAAGGUGGCGUCCAGCAGAGAGGCCAACAGCAAGGCAGACACCUCAGUCACAGCCGACCAACAGAAGAAGCUCCUGGACAAGGUGGACAAGUGCAAGCAGGACUCUCAGAAGGCUAAGGAGAAGUAUGAGAAGACUCUGGAUGAGCUGAGGAAGUGUACGCCCCAGUACAUGGAGAACAUGGAGACAGUGUUUGACACAUGUCAGCAGUUUGAGGAGAAGAGACUGAGCUUCCUCAGGGAGGUGCUGUUGGACAUCAAACGACACCUCAACCUCACUGAGAACCAAAGUUACGCCACAGUGUACAGAGACCUGGAACACACCAUCACCUCUGCCAGUGCACAAGAUGACCUGAAGUGGUUCAGCAACAACCACGGCCCUGGUAUGCAUAUGAACUGGCCCCAGUUUGAGGAGUACAAUCCAGAGCUCACUCACAUGAUCAGCAAACGGGAGAAGUCGAAGAAAGGGACAGACGGUAUAAUGCUGACUAGCGUGACAGCCAACCAUGUGGCAGCACCCAACCAUGUGGCAGCACCGAACCAUGUGGCAGCACCGAACCAUGUGGCAGCACCGGCUGGAGACAGGGGCAGUGUGAGCAGCUCUGAUAAGAACCAGGCCUACUCCUCCCAGGACCAGGCCUACUCCUCCCAGGACCAGUCGGCAGAGUGGUCAGACGAUGAGCAGGCCGCGCCAAACUCAGGCUCAGACACCAAUGGGGGUGGAGCCAACCCCUUUGAGGAUGAGUCAGCGAAGGGCGUACGGGUGAGGGCGCUGUACGACUACGACGGGCAGGAACAGGAUGAACUCACCUUUAAAGCAGGAGACGAGCUAACUAAACUAGAAGAUGAGGAUGAGCAGGGCUGGUGUAAAGGCCUGUUGGACAGUGGCAAGUUGGGUUUAUAUCCUGCUAAUUACGUAGAGCCCAUCUAGUUGGGUUUAUAUCCUGCUAAUUACGUAGAGCCCAUUUUGUUGGGCUUAUAUCCUGCUAAUUACGUAGAGCCCAUCUAGUUGCUUGGGUCACCCAGACUGACCGUCCAAUCAUACUGCACAUUGCCAGAGACUUCAAAGCAACGCUUCCCUGUUCCUGCUCUCAGCCUGACCAACCAACACACUGACUGAGCAGUCUUUAUUUAAACACUCCCCUAGGACCCACAUCAGAGAAACACAGCACCAACAUAACCAACACAUAUCAGCUACAACACUGGGAUUGUUACCACAGUCAAACCAUGACAGUAUGUGUGUACCAACAACACCACAACUCCUAGGAGCGCAGGAAAAACAUUCUGCCGUGUUCUAUUCCAAUGUUGUGCUGUGGUUGUGAUGAAAUUUACCUGGCAGUAUGGAAGUAUUUUCCCUCGUAACACUAGUGAUAUGGUAAAGUCAAUGGUGCCUGCAUAGCCAGAAUAAGCUAUGCACUGUGCAUUGUAAAUAUUAGCCGAUUUUUUUUUGCAACAAUGCUAUGCGAAACUGUACAGUCCUGUUUGUUUUUUUUUUGCAUCUGUCAUUCCAUGUAAGGUUUUAAAUAUGCUGUAUAGUACAACAGAUUCUCUCUGUUUUUCUAUCUUUUCUAUGUGAGUUGCUCCUGUGUUGAGUGUUAUGCUGUGUUUUGGUGUUUUCCCCCUGAAGUCCCCCUGAGCAACAGCAGCAGCAUGUCCUACUGGAUCACAAUAAUGACAUUUAGCUGAUCCUUGACAAAUCACUGUCGAGCGGAGCAGAGCAGUACUACACUGUUGAGCCUUGUUCAGUGUAACGGUAAUCAACAGUGUUUCUCUACACACUGUUGUACCAGGGACUGGUAAGCUUGGAUGUCUGUUUAUGUUGAAAACCUGCUCUCAAGAUCAGAUGAAAUCAGUGUCUGUGACGCACUCAGGCGUAGUGGGUGCGGAGUCAGGCGCAGGAGGCAGAAGGUACAGAGUAGUGCUUUUAUUUAGGCACAGUGUACCGGGCGCACAUCCACGAUUGGCCCAAAAACAGGACCUAACUAGUCUGGAGAAAAACCCAAAACGAAACACACUACCACACAUAAACACAGUGGAAAAACAAGCCCGCACAAAGAGCAGGCGGACCUUACCGCCUUAAAUAGCCCAACUAAAACCCUAAGCAAGAAACAGGUGAAACCAAUUAGACAAAACCAACAGAAAAGGGAAAGGGGAUCGGCGACAGCUAGUAGACCGGUGACGACGACCGCCGAGCGCCGCCCGAACAGGAAGAGGAGCCACCUUCGGUAGGAGUCGUGACAGUGUCAGUCAGAUAACCACCUGAUGGACCACUCAGCAAUGUCCCAGGGACCGGUUCCCGUCGGACCAUGGAUCCUGGGAAUGACUGGUAUAGAAUACAUACCUUCCCCAAGGCAGCAUUGAGUAACUUGUAGUACCUCUGACCAUGUCCCUCAUGUGCCUGUAAUUUCCUGUGUAAUUUCUUGACCCCACUCCUUUCUGGACUCAUCACUUCUUCUUCUGACCAUGUGUUGGGUUUAGGUGUGAGAGCAUGUGAACAACACCCCCUUCCUUUUUUCUGGUUACAUGUUUACAGCAGUGGCUUUUUCGAAGGGUCAGGGUUCAAACAUUAAUUAGCCUACGUGGGCCUCCACAAAGGUUCAGCACAAAUACAAAAUUGAUCCAACACCACCCUACUCCAUCAAUGGUGAAACGGGACUGGGCUUGUCAUCAGAAAUGGACUGUCCCUGACCAAAUUAAAGGAGCCAAAGAAAUGUGGGAAUAUGAGCUAAUUCUGGGAAUUUGCUGUAUGGAUGAUCACAUUUACAGUAACAACCCAACGAGAGCCCCACUUCCCCAUGGGAGAUACUAGAUCCUGUCUCCUCUGGCUCAACACUGUAACCAUAACUGUUUUUGUUGCCAUGGCUUCAGUUUAUUAUACGACUACAAUGUCCUGUCUUUUUUCUGAAUGAAAAUUAUAAGUCACCUUUACUGUGUCCCGGCUCAGUCUCCAACUUGCUAUCUCUGAUCUAACAGUCAUUGCAUGCUCGAUCACCAUAAAUAAGCAUUGAAUUCUACUGUGAGCUUACUGUACAAAUUGACCCAACUUUGUUUAUGUUUUUAUCCUGUCUCUUGAAUCCUAAACAUAAUCCUAUGAAAGCUGAUGCCAAUGAUUUUGGUCUCUUAACUGGCAAAAUUUUGAGAAAUCAGUAUAUUCAAUGUUUUUUAGCAUCUCCAAAUAAUUGGGAGAAUUUGAAUCUACACAAAAUCCACAAAAUCCUGUUAAAUCUCAAUCCUUGUAUUUUGAGCUAGUGAAUCCAACAGAAUCUUCAGCAGAGAAUAUACUUGUAAUAUGUGUGACUGUUAUAUGACACAGCUGUUGUGUUCAUUUCCUUAGCAACCCUGGGAGGUUGUGAAGGCUAUAAUACCCUGAUUGCUCUCUCAACACAAGAGGUGUGUACUCUUACUGACAUGGGGACAAAAAGCUACAGUACAAAGUGCACUGCAGAAAAAGGCAGAAAGCGGAGCCUCCACUGAAAUAUUGAUGAGGAAACUGAAUUUUCUGCUGCUAGAAGUUUAUUCUGGAGAUCUGGGAUAUAUGGCUGUGGGGGGACAUUUUGGGACUGUACACAUCCGAUUGUGGGAUAAAACACUUUAACCAUCAGCUCUCAAAAUGAGUGUUGUGGCAGCGCAAGCUCUGAAACACAAGCCUAGCUAACUCCGUAAAUGCUUUACCUGAGCCACCACUCAUACUCACAACACACACUCUAACAGGGAGAGAAAGAGAGCAUGCAUAUCUAACGAUGCAUUUACCUUGCAUUUUACCUCGUUUUGCGUACUGUAUGUAGGGGAACCAGUGGUCGGACAUGUGGGAAAUCCCUAGUGGUCUAGAAGUCUGUCUGUUUAGAAUAAUAGCUAUUUACUCUACAAACUGUAGUGCCUGUUCAUCUGCAUACAACAAAAUAAAAUUCUUCAUCAAAACAUUGA